AUGCACAUAUUUGCAUGUAUAUUCAUUGUGCCUACGUAUCUUCAAAUUUUUCUUUUGAUUUUUUUUGUUCAUCUCUCGUUUUAUUUUUUCCUUUCUUCUUUUCUUUCUUCUAUUCUUUCUCAUUGCUUUUUUUUUUUUUUUUUACUCUUUUUCAUUUUAUUUAGCCAAAUUAUAUUUUUCAUUAUCCCUGAUUUUUUCUUUUUCUUUCUUUCUUUCUUUCUUUCUUUCUUUCUUUCUUUCUACGUUUAUCAUUUUUUCCUCUCUUUCGUUCCUCGUUUGUAUCUUGCUUUUCGACUCAAUGUGCUCCCUUUUUUCUAUAUUCUUAAUUUCUCUGUUUCUUUAUUCGUAUUUUACAUCUUAUUGGUUUAUUUAUUUUCUUUCAUUAUUCUGUUUUGUCUCUAUGUCCGUAUUUUAUAUAUAUUUCUUUAUUUUUUCUCCGUUUAUUCCUUUUUCUUUUUUUCCUUUGCCAUUUUUUUUCUUUUUUUCUUUGUUCUUGCUUUCUUCUGUGCGUUUUUCAGAAUAAAUAUUCUUUUAAAACGCCUGAUAAUUAUGCACCAACCCAAUACAUGUUUGUUUAUUCCCUUUUCUUUCUGUGCAUAUUUUGAUUUAUUUUUAUUUUCUUUCUUUUUCCUUUAUGACUCGUUCUUUCUUUCUUUCUUUCUUUCUUUCUUUCUUUCUUUCUUUCUUUCUUUCAUCGAGGCAGCCCCCUCUUUUCAUUACUCCUUUUUUUUUCAUCGUUUUUACACUCUCUUUUUGUCUUUCUCCAACGCAGUAUCAUCUUACCUUUCUCUCUUUUUAUCUGUUCCUCUUCAGAUGUCUCUUCGUCUCAUGUCCGUACCCUUUUUAAAUCCCCAAUUUACCCUGACAGCCCUGCGCAAAACCACUUUUCUAUUCAUCAUCAGGACAAAUACAAGCGGAUUUUCGGACCCGUUUUUCUAUAAUCCUACCACGUCAAAUACCGACAAACCUGUCCGAUUUGAAAUUCAUUUUUCUUCAACAGACAUAUAUUUAUUUUAUCGAAUAAAUAUUCUUUCUACCUUUGCUAACAUCUUUCUUUCUUUCUUUUUUCUUCGAAUAUUAUAUUUUCUUUCUUCAUCUAACGUUUUCUUUCUUUCUUUCUUUCUUUCUUCGAAUAAGUAUAUUUUCUUUCUUCAUCUAACAUUUUCUUUCUUCAAAUGCAUCUUUCUCUCUUUAAAUCAGAUUAGAUAUUUUAAGCUAGCAUAUCUUUCUUUUCUUUCUUUCUUUCUUUUUCUUUCUUUCUCCGGAUCACUAUUCUUUCCUUUUUUCAGUUAA